AUGGACAAGUUCCGGAUGAUCUUCCAAUUUCUGCAGUCCAACCAGGAGUCCUUCAUGAAUGGCAUCUGUGGCAUCAUGGCGCUGGCCAGCGCGCAGAUGUACUCGGCUUUCGAUUUCAACUGCCCCUGCUUGCCGGGCUACAACGCCGUCUACAGCGCAGGCAUCCUGCUGGUGCCUCCCCUGGUGCUCUUCCUGCUCGGCCUGGUCAUGAACAACAACGUGUCCAUGCUGGCCGAAGAGUGGAAGCGGCCCGCGGGCCGGCGCGCCAAGGACCCGGCCGUGCUCCGCUACAUGUUCUGCUCCAUGGCCCAGCGCGCUCUCAUCGCGCCGGUAGUCUGGGUGGCCGUCACGCUGUUGGAUGGCAAGUGCUUCCUCUGCGCUUUCUGCACCGCUGUGCCAGUGACCACACUGGGCAACGGCAGUCUGGUACCCAGCUUACCUGUUCCCGAGCUGGCCCGCCUGCUGGCCCGCGUGCCCUGUCCUGAGAUCUAUGACGGAGACUGGCUGCUGGCCCGCGAGGUGGCCGUGCGCUACCUGCGUUGCAUCUCCCAGGCACUGGGCUGGUCCUUCGUGCUGCUGACCACGCUGCUGGCAUUUGUGGUACGCUCCGUGAGGCCCUGUUUCACCCAGGCCGCCUUCCUCAAGAGCAAGUACUGGUCCCACUACAUUGACAUCGAGCGCAAGCUCUUUGAUGAGACUUGCACAGAGCAUGCCAAGGCCUUUGCUAAGGUCUGCAUCCAGCAGUUCUUCAAGGCCAUGCGCCACGACUUGGAGCUGGGCCACACCCACGGGGCGCUGACCGCAGCCACCACUGCGAUGUCGUCUACCGGCAGCCCCUCGGAUGGGGCCGGGGCCGGGGCCGAGGAAGAGCAGGAAAAGCUGCGAGGCAUCACCGACCAAGGCACCAUGAACAGGCUGCUCACGAGCUGGCACGAAUACAAACCGCCUCUGCGGCUGGGCCAGGAUGCCCCGCUGAUGGGCAACGGCUGGGCGGGGCCCGGGCCCAGGACUCCCCGAAAGGAAGUGGCCACCUACUUCAGCAAAGUGUGA